AUGGCCACUGCCUACUACGAGUUUUAUCGUGGUUCAUCAAUUGGAAUGGCACUUACGGACUCGCUGGACGAGCUCAUUACAAGUGGUUCAAUCACGCCUCAGCUUGCCAUGAAAGUCUUGUCCCAGUUUGACAAAUCCCUCGCCGACAUCAUGAUUAAGCAGGUGAAGACGAAGACUAGUCUGAAGGGCCACCUGCAUACCUACCGGUUAUGUGACGAUGUUUGGACAUUUAUCGUGAAGAAUGCAUCAUUCAAGAUGGAGUCCAAUGAGAUGGUGAACACUCCCAAAAUCAAAAUAAUUGCCUGUAAAAACGGAGAUGCGAUGGAAGCAGGAAAGAAAUGA